CUCUCUCUCUCUCUCUAUCACUCGAAGACGAAAUCCAUCUCCUUCUCCUUCUCGCGGCGCGGGGGAGAUUCCGAGGACUUUGCGGCAAUGGCGUCUAGGGUUGCGAAUUGGCUGAUCUUCUCUCUCCUCCUCGCGGCGGCGGCGGCGGUCUCCGCCGAGGAGGAAGCCGGGCCCGCGGAGGAGUUCGUGCUGACCCUGGAUCACUCCAAUUUCUCCGACACCGUCGGCAAGCACGACUUGAUCGUCGUCGAGUUCUACGCCCCCUGGUGUGGUCAUUGUAAGAAGCUUGCACCUGAGUAUGAGAAAGCUGCGGCCGCAUUGAGCAGUCAUGACCCUCCCAUAGCUCUAGCCAAAGUUGAUGCUAAUGAAGAAGCAAACAAGGAGCUUGCUAGCGAAUUUGACAUCAAGGGUUUUCCCACAAUUAAAAUCUUGAGAAAAGGGGGGAAGAUUAUUCAAGAGUACAAAGGUCCCCGCGAAGCGGACGGCAUUGUUUCAUACUUGAAGAAACAAAGCGGUCCUGCUUCUGUCGAAAUUAAAUCUGUUGAAGAUGCCAGCACUCUGAUAGGAGAUAAAAAGAUAGUGAUUGUUGGGAUAUUCCCAAAGUUUUCUGGUGAAGAGUAUGAGAAUUUCACUGCUUUAGCUGACACCUUGCGCUCUGACUAUGAGUUUGGUCACACUUUGGAUGCCAAACUGCUUCCACGGGGAGAGUCAUCAGUUGCUGGACCUGUUGUUAGGCUCUUUAAGCCAUUUGAUGAACUCUUCGUUGAUUUACAGGAAUUCCAUGUGGAUGCUCUGGAGAAGUUUGUUGAAGAAUCCAGUGUGCCUCUCGUCACUCUCUUUAAUAAUGACCCAAGCAACCACCCUUUUGUGAUCAAGUUUUUUAACAGUGAUAAUGCUAAGGCAAUGUUGUUUUUGAAUGUUAGCACUGAAGAAGCUGAAUCUUUCACGUCAAAUUACCGCGCUGUUGCUGAGCAAUAUAAAGGACAGGGCAUCAUCUUUUUGAUAGGUGAUCUUGAAGCUAGUCAAGGUGCUUUCCAGUAUUUUGGACUCAAGGAGGAACAAGUGCCACUUAUUGUAGUACAGACAAAUGAUGGGCAAAAGUACUUGAAACCAAAUCUGCAACCUGAUGAUAUUGCCCCUUGGGUGAAGGACUACAAGGAAGGCAAGGUUCCACAGUACAAGAAGUCUGAACCCAUACCCCAAGAUAACAGCGAGCCUGUGAAAGUAGUUGUAGCUGAGAGCCUGCAGGAGAUGGUGCUGAACUCUGACAAAAAUGUUCUUCUGGAGUUUUAUGCUCCUUGGUGUGGACAUUGCAAAAAAUUGGCACCUAUCUUGGAUGAAGUUGCACUUUCUUUCGAAAGUGAUGCCAGUGUCGUUAUUGCUAAGUUUGACGCUACCGCAAAUGAUGUCCCAAGUGACACCUUCGAUGUCAAGGGGUACCCCACUCUUUACUUUAGGUCAUCAAGCGGGAAGGUGGUGCAGUAUGAUGGCGAUAGGACAAAGGAAGGUAUAAUAGAUUUCAUUGAGAAGAACCGUGAUAAAGCAGAGGGUGAUAAAGCAGAGGAGAAAGUCGCAGGCGAAGAAGAGAAAGUCGUAGGCAAGGAUGAGCUCUAGAUGAAGGAAGUUUUGCUUACUGGUGUACACAGCUGCAUACAGGUUUCAUGCUGUAAUACAUUAGGAAUCGUCGUGUCUGACCCCCUUUGCCCUCCCUCUCCUUCCUAUGAACUUUUUGCCAAUUUCGAAAUAAAAAGGGAAUUGGGUUUUUGGGGUUGUAGAGUGAUUUAGCUCUUUACAUUAGGUCUAGUUUUAUUUAAUCUAUGAUGUAUCUCUGCGGCCACUGUUCGAGAUAUCCAUCAUCUUUAAAAUUUUCGAAGUCAGUUCGCGGUUCCAAUUUCCUUCUGGUGCCUCGUUGAUUUC